AUGUCGACCAACCAACGGGUCGAAGCCGGAUUUCCUUGUCCAUCCACACAGCCCAUUUCAGUUGACUAUAUCGAAAAUCGACAUGAUGGAUUCCGCGAUGAGCGCGGAGAACUACCAGUCACUUUUGACACGAGCCGUCAAAGGUUUGUAGACCGCCCGGUCGCGUUGAAUGGAGCACCUUCAACUAGCGACGAGGAAUUGCGAAAGAGCAAACUGAGAGUAGUUGCGACCACAACAAGCUUCUCUAACGCCCUUUUGGCCUUGAAGGAGGAGAUGUCCAAGGAUGAGAAGAUAGCAAGCUUUGAUCUCGACUCUUGCCAUGAUUGGCAAGAGAUCACUGAUCUCCUCCAGGACGUGGUGAAACAAUACAACAAAAAAGAGACGACAUGGGACCUCAUUCGCAGUAAAUUUCACACUGUUGGAGACAAGGCAGAGUCUAUCCAGGCUUUCAUCGGCCUUUUACCAGACGGGCAGUACAAAACUCUGUGCGGAGGACUGACACUGAUCUUGACUGUUCGUAAUGCCAUGUACGCUAUGACAGGUCACUCUCAAGUCCGCCAGAAGAUGGCAGAUCUGCUACAAGAGGUCCCAGAUAUCGUGAACAAGUGCGAGCAGUACCAGACGCUCUAUCCGGGGUUUAAUACCAUACAGCUGUGUGUGAACGGUAUUUACACCAGUCUUCUCAUAGCACUGGUAAACAUCAUUGACUGGUAUAAGCAGUCUUCCUGGAAACAUGCCAAAGACAGUCUAUCGAAGAACAAGAACUACGCAAAAGGGAUCGAUAAGUGUGUCGACAGCAUCCGACAGUCCAAGAGCCUCUUCCUAGAAGAAACCCGGUUAUACCUAGCUUGGUGUCAGAAAGCCACACUUUUAACAGCAAUGGAGAUCGAUUCUCGGACCCAUGAAAUGCACGAAGACAUACACCGCGUCGACGAACACGUCGAAAAAGUCAGUGGACAAGUCAGCGAUGGCUUCAACGCCCUCAAGGAUCAUCUCGAUGACGUGAUCAAGAAUGCUCAGUGGAACAACGAGUUGAAAAAACUCACUGAAGAAUUGAAACAGCAACGACUGAGCGCAGCAAGCGACAAGCGAAGGAUAAGCGAGCUUGAAGAUCGAGUCGUAAAGACGGCAGUCACUCCAGAGCAUCUUAUGAAGGAGCUGGAGCUGAAUUACUCCGAGCAUACACAUGUAGCAGAGCUCUCCACGGUGCUCAAGGACGGGCUGAACAGUCGGACAAGAUAUCAGAACCGCGCAGGCUGGGUGGGGAACACAACCGAGUUCCAGAAUUGGCUAGGCGGCAGAGGCAAGUCUCAGAUACUGUGUAUCCAGGGACACGGCGAGCUCGAGAACACUUCUCCGCUGAGUUUCCUGAUAGCGCUUCUUUACGAGAAACUGGAAAGCACGCCGCGCACACUUGUCCUUCCAUUCUUUUGUGGGCUCAGCAGUGUACGCUCUGGGCCAGCACUCAUGCUACGAGCCUUCUUCAUACAACUGCUCGCUUCAUGCGACGCGCACGGAUCUAAAGACGAGGACGGACUCCCUCUACUUUCUUUUCUGAGCCACGAUGAUGUCGCGAACAUGGAAAACCUGUGUUUCAAAACAUACACAAUAGCGGUGGUGCGACUGUUACGCGAGCUGCGGAAGGAGUAUAAAGCGAUCUUCAUCCUCAUUGACGCUGUCGACUUCUACGAUGAGAAGUGGGGGGACGAGAUGGAUGAUUUCAUGAAGAAUAUGAGAAAGCUCGUGAGAUCAUUCAACAAGGCAGCAGACGGAACGUCGGGUGGAGUUCUAAGGGUUCUUGCAACGGCGUCGGCAUGGUCGGAGCUGUUUUCGUCUCCGAAGAAGCCGAUGGUCCUGCUUGAUGUGCCCGAGCAUCUAGAUGGUUCAACGGACGGAUUUGAGAGGAUUGACUAG